AUUUCCAUCCUGACAUUCUGAAAUUUCGUUCGCCUUGCGUACCACUAGCACAAAUUUUUAAAAUAUUUCUGAACGCAGCAAUAUUGUUAAUAUAUCCCAGUUCUGAAUGACAAAUGGGGAUUUUCAUGAGCAAUACUUAAUACCUGAAAGCGGAGCGGUAAUUCAGGAUUAUCUUGACGACUUUCUGUAUACAUCUUGGUACACGGGAAACCGAAACCUUGUUGAACUUGACAACUUUGGAUUUCCUACUGAAGCCAAUUUUACUGUAAGCUCUGAUCCAUUGAUCGGGACUACAUUUCCUCAAAGUGUUGAUUUUCAGGGAAUCCCUUGGGGAAAUGAAGCCAUUGGACCUAGAGAAUAUUUUCGACUCUACAGACUACAUACGUAUAGUUUGGCUUGUAAUCACUCUGACUGGUCUCCAGAUGAAUUGUCUCUAGAUGAUGUUCGAAUUUCUCCACAUGAUCCUUUUUUUGAGUUUCAUACAUUCUACAAAACCGCUUCUUUCGUAAAAAAUCAUUUUCAUCUUUGCAAAAGUCUUGCUUUCUUUGAUGAAUUCUCGCUUCUUUAUGUUAGUGAAUUUGGUAUCCAGGGACAUAAUUUACUGACUAAAGAAAUAAGCAACGUGUUUGAUCUUCGCGACAGAAUUUUACAGAAAAAUUCCAUUAGCUGUUUGUCAGCUUCUCGACAAUUGGGAUGUUUUGGUACUUUAAACGGACAGUAUGGUAUUUUUAAUCCGAAAAUUCAAACUUGCAGCAUUCGCAAAAUGCAUGAUGAGUCGGUGAAUCACAUUGAGAUUUUAAACUACAAAGACUCCGUUGUCCUUGGAUGUAAUGAUGGGUUGGUAGCUUUGGAAAAUAUAGAAAAACCGGUUAAACAAAUGGUUUUCAGCGGUACAGAUGCUGUCAACAGUACACAUCCUUCUCCUGAUUUGUCGCAAUUAUUAAUAUGUUCCGAUUCCAAAAAUGUUCCAAUUCUUGAUUUUAGAUCGAAUCAAAUAAUCAAUGAAAUUUCUCACUAUGAUUCUGUCCUCACCGGAGCAUGGCACCCAAAUGGGCAAAUACUUGCUACCGGAGGCCAGGACACCACCUUUAAAAUCUGGGAUUCAAGGUUUCUAAAGUUUCCCAUUCGCACAUUGGGAAGCCAAAUGAGUGCCAUCACUAAUGUAAUAUUCUCUUCAACGGGUGAAAGUCUUGCCGCGGUUGAGCAGGCUGACUUUGUUCAAAUCUACAACACCAAGACGUUUAGCGAUUGCCAGAUUAUAGACUUUUUUGGUGAAAUUUCUGGUGCCAGCUUCUCUCCUUCUGGAGACACCUUUGUUGUUGGCUUAGAUGAUCCGAUGCUUGGUGGGAUCAUGGACUUUCGAAAAUCUAUUCCUAGUCAUCUUACUUGUUUUUUCUAACAAGCGUCCUCUUCGUAAUAAACGUACUGUCUAGAACUGUAAAAAUAAUAAAUUACUGCUUGGGUUGUUUCAUUAUGAUAAC